AACCACAGUGAGAGAACCGAAGACAGAACAUCCAGCAGUCUGGCUGACUACAGUAGUUUAUGCAAAAUGGACGAGUCAGACAGAAGAAUCGUCAUCUUGGGGAAAACUGGAGCUGGGAAAAGCAGCGUGGCUAACACCAUAUUUGGAGAAGAACUGUUCAAAACUAAUAGCACCGCCAACUCUGGAACAAGUACAUGUCAAGCAGAAACCAAAACCAUCAAUGGAAGAAGCAUCACUCUGAUCGACACUCCUGGUCUCUUCGACACAGUUAAAUCAGAGGAGGAGCUGAAGCCUGAGAUAAUAAAGUGUAUGAUAGAGUGCGCUCCUGGGCCCCAUGCUUUUCUCCAUCUGCUCAAAGUGGAGAAAUUCACAGAGCAAGAACAGGAAGUGAUCACAAAAAUAAGCCAAUUAUUUUCUGAAGAAAGCUUCAAACACGCAACAGUUCUCUUCACUCAUGGUGACCAGCUCGAUGAAGGACAGACAGUUGAGGGGUUUUGCGACAAGAAUACGUUUGCAAGUGAUCUGUUGAAGAAGUGCGGAGGCCGCUGCCACGUCAUCGAUAAUAAAUACUGGAACAACAACCAGCAGGAUGAAAACAGGAGCAAUCAGUUCCAGGUGAAGGAGCUACUGAAGACAAUAGAUAAGAUGGUAGAGGCAAACAAAGGAAGCUGCUACACCAAUGAGAUGCUACAAGCAGUGGAGAAAGACAUACAACAAGAGGUGGAGCUGAUUAGACAGUCAUCAGGAAACAUGUCACAGGAAGAAGUCAGAGAGCAAGCUAAAGACAGACAAUUUAACAAGCUUAUGAUCAAACUGGCAGGCAUUACAACAGGUGUAUUGUUAGGAGCUCUUCUUGGUGGAGUAACGAUGGUUGCAAAAGUUCUCUUAGUGUUGAAGAAAAGGUUGCCAAGAGAAAUAGUAUCAGCAGGGAUAACGAAAUGCAGAUCAGAACUAGCAGAACUAGCAGGGGCAGCAGCAGGAGCAGGAGGAGGAGGAGGAGCAGGAGGAGGAGGAGGAGCAGCAGCAGUGUUAGCAGUAGUUGCUGCAGCGGGAGCAGUGCAAGGAGGUGUUGCAGGGUAUCAAGCAGCUGAGGGAGCCGACUCACCACUGGAAGCAGCACAGAGAGCAGCAGAGGCUAUCAAGGAUCAAGCACUGUCUCCCUGGGAAGAGCUCUUGUUGAACAAUGAAAACCCUCACUCAAAGAAAGGGAAUUGAAUAUCAUUGAAAAGUCACAUCUCUGUGUAGAUUGCAUGAACAUAUUAUUGUAAUGAUCUUUAAUCAGUGAACUGAUAAUCUUUAUUUAUAAGUAAUAUGCUAUAUGUUGGCUUUGUUAUCUGAACUUCAAGCUUGAUUCGCUCAUUCCCUUUUCACAGGAUAAUUAUCUCUCAUUAAAUAACUUUACUCCAUUAA